UAAUGAGCCCAUGGAAUUGAUACCUACUGAGAAUGAAGUGAAAUAUGAGAAAAAUUUCAGUAAGACAAGUUUUCCCACCAAAAUUCCUAGUUAUCCUGAGCUUUCAGUUGCAUCUAAUAUUCAAAAGACAAAGGAGGUUAUUUACCCUAAGUGUGGAUCAAAUGUGCAAGUUUUUGCAAAGGAGUCUAUUUUGGGCAGAAGGCAUACUAAUUUUCAAUCACAAACCAGGGGAGAUAGUGAAAAUCCACCUAACUGUUAUCAGUCAUUUAAUGUGCCUACUAAAACAAAUCCUAAUAAUUCUUUAAGAAUAUCUAAUGAAACCAAUUUUUGUAACUUAAAUAAGAAAGAUGCUUCAAAGCAGUGCUCUUUAUUUGAUGACUGGAAUGAUCCUAAACUUGCUAGUGAAGUUAUUGAAGCAUGUCAUGAAUUAGAAAAGUCUUGGAAUGCAGAUGAUGAUGAUGAUGAUUUGCUUUACCAAGCAUGUGACCAUGUAGAAAAGUUGACACAGCAACAAGACUUGGAAAAAGACAACCAAGGAUCUGAAAAUCAGCAAAAGGUCAAUUAUAAUUCCUAUUUGGGCAUGGAAACUAAUAAUAUAGUUACAUCUGGAAAAGAAUACCAUUUGCUGCAAUCUAAACAUUUGAAUAGAGGUGAUUUUUCUGCACAUGGAACAUCAGUGAAAGAAGUUGUAGAAACAGGCAAGUUAACAUGUAAAGAAGGUAAAAAUUACAGAAGUUCUGCAAAUUCUACAGAUACUAAAAAUCUGAGUAAAGACUAUCAGUACCCAAAUUAUCAGAACCAUAAUCAACAUGUUUCUUGGAAUAAUUCUAAGGUAGGAGUAGGGGUGAACAAGUCCUCAAUUCUUACAGGAAAUUUAAGUUUGGCAGUUAGUUCAGACCACAAAUAUACAGAUAUUGCUUCUUCAAGAAAUUUACACAAUCAGAUUCUUUCUCAUAGUACAGUGACAACUGAGACUCAUGUUAACAAAACAUCAAUUCCAACCCCCUCUGGUUACUCUUUCACAAAGAUUAAAAAUCCUCAGACUUUUCCUCAUCUUAGUCACAGUAGUAUAGCAUCAAGAAGCAUAUCUGACACCAAAAUUUUACAGCAUUCAGAGAAAAGCAAAACUCAGUUUGUAAAUUCUUUAUUUGGGGAGACUAUGCCAAAACAACUUUUGAAGAGACAGUUUUCUGAAUCCUGUGAACUACCUACAAAAGAGGAAGAAGAAAAAAAUAGAAAGUAUUCCCCAGAAGAAAUUCAAAGAAAAAGACAAGAAGCUCUGGUUCGAAGAAUGUCUAAAACACGGACAUCAUUUAUAAAUACAGCACAUACUUAAUUUAAUUUUCUGGAUGAAAAAUCAGUUUAAAAGAGAAGACUUGUUAAAGACUUGACAUCUAUCCUUGAUGGCCAAUAUUUUGUUUUUUGGUUUCUCUAUGAGAAAUUUGAUACUGACUUAUAAAGCAUAGACUUCUAUUUUAUUAUUUAAUGUUUACAAUUGUAAACGAACUUUUCUUCCCAAAUGUAUUCAUAUGGUAGUUAACAAAAGUUUUGCAAGGUCCAGAAGGUUGCAAGAUUUACAGUGUUUAUGUACAUUUUAAUUAUGUACUAUAACUUUAUUAGCAGAUUGUUAAUUUUAAAAAUGUGAUUGUGGAGAAUCAUCUCUGAGAGAGGUGAAAUUUAAGUUUCAUAAAACAAGUAGCCUUUUUUCCUGUUAUAGAACUUGGGUCUUAGCAAUAUGAUAAAGGUCUCAUUUUCUGAUUUUUUUUUUUUGGUUCAGUAUUUGAUUUGCUUAAUUUUUUAAAUUAAGUUCUCAAAUUUUUAUACAACUUGUAUUGGGGGGAGAUGAUAGAAAUAAAGGAAUUAAUUCCAUUGUAACUAAUUAAUAAAUAUUUUCCAUUUCAAACUUGAAAUACUUUUGAGUUUCAGUAUCUCUUAAAACAUUGUUCCACUUAUAAUUUAUUCCUUUAAGAAACUGACCAGUUCAGUAAACUGGUUUAAGAAAGUAAUUUUUUCAAAAUGAUAGCUAUCAGAGUAUUCUAGACAUCACUAUACAUAAAUAUUGCAAACAGAAUACAGAGAAACUUAUCUUUGUUUUGUUGAAGGGUUAUCUAAUCUCCAGAGCAGGCAUUCUUAACCUUUUUUGGUUAUGAGUGCAAUCUGAAUACUAUGAACCUCUUCUCAAAAGAACUUUUAAAAAUGCAUCAAAUAAAGAAUAGAGGAAAUCAAUUAUGUUGAAAUACUUAUCAUUCUCAGACAGGAAUAUCUGAAGAACCUCCAAUAAAGACUAAUCUAUCUGA